AUGUUGAAAAGGCCUGGAGAAUUCACUCCAAACACGACUCCCUCGAAAAUAGCCCCAUGGGCUGUCAAUGAAACAACACCAUCGGAAAAGAAACGUGGGCCCAGUCUUCUUCUGAAAGCAAGUCCGACGAAGCAAAUACAGAAAAGAAGCUCCCACAGUUUCAUCAAAACUUACAUUUUCUUCGAUCUGGAAUGUACUGGACUUAUUAAGAAUGACGACACUCGAAAUUUGCCAUCUCGACCGUUUGAAAAACCGGAAGAACACUACAAACUUCUUGAUCAGUUGUGCCUAGAAACCCGAAAAGAUGAAUUGCCACACAUCACAGAAAUGAGCUUCAUGGCGAUUUCUAGUGAAACUUUUGAUGAUUUGAAGGCAGAACGACUGAAAACCUUGAAGUGGAAUGAAGAUAAUCCUGAAAAUGAGAUAUCAGUGGCAAAAUACGUUCCAAUGAACACUCACACGAGGCAAAUCAAUCCGAUUCUAAUGACGGAAGGAGAGUGGGGAACUUAUGAAAGAUUCCGAAUGUCUGACAGAAAAGGAGUACUUGUGCAUUCGAAGAAGAAUUGCCAAAGAAAUAACUCAUUCAAAGAAGAGUGGCCGGGAGUCAUCCAGUUCUUCAAUACUCUUCAAAAACCAGCCGUAUUGAUUGGCCAUAAUGCUAUCAAAUACGAUCUACGUGUCAUUUACGCCGAACUCCAACGGAAUGGUUUGUUGGAAGAUUAUGGGAUUCCAUCCGACGUGUACUUCAUUGAUAGCUAUUGGAUGGCAAAAAAAGUGGAAGAUACGAUUGUCAAGGAGUUGGUGACUGUGUGCAAAUAUGUCAAGUUCCCGAAAAUUCCUUCGAAAUCUGAAGAAGAAGAUGAAGACGAUAGAAUCGUCAUAGCUGACUCCAAUGAUCCAACAACAAUCGAAGAUUCAACAAAACCAACUUUCUCAAGAAACACACUCGAAAGCGAUCAUCCUGCUCAAAUUCUCGACUGGGAUAAGUUUUCAGUUGCUAUCAAGAAGCGUAUUCGAAAAGACGGAUUCGUGAGAACUGGAAAUGGUGGAUGGACUUACAAGCAUGGAAAUAACAAAUUCAAUUUGCCAUUACUCUACGAGCAACUCGUCGGAGGGGAAUACAGUGCUCACUAUGCACAACAAGAUGCGGAAGCCUUAAUGCAUGUUUGUCUCAGUUAUGGAAAUGAGUUCACCCAGUACGUCAAUGAAUCUGCCAGCCCCAUUCCUUAUUGA